AUGGCAAUCUGCAAUGGGAGAGUUUCAGAGCUCCACAUGAGAAAUUUGAGUGACUGCAAGCUCCACGUUUGUGGCCCCCCAACCCCGCCUGUCCCGCCUGGACGCCAGCCAGACAACGGCGGCGCUGGGGCGGCCGGGGCCCUCCCGCUGUCCUCCCCCGGGCCGGUCCCAGGUGGCGGGUCGUGGCGGGCCGAGUCGAACCGGGCAGCGCACCGGCUCCUGCAACUUUCCCUCCCCGCGGCCACGGCACCAACUCCGCCGCCGCCCGGGCCGGCCGGGGGCCGCCACCAGCGUGCCCCGCGCGGCGGAAGCGCCACCCCCGCUCCGCCCGAGCAUCCCCCGCCGCCGCCACCGCCCGAGCCGCCCCCACCCGCGGGCCGCGCAGCGGGAACGCCGCCGCCGCCGCCCGGAGCGGGGCGCAGGCCCGGCAGCCGGGAGAGGCCGCCCGAGCUCGGCCCGGCGCCCCCGGCAGCCCCGGCGGGGACAAUGAGAUGGCGGCGAAGAGCGCCGCGCCCGGGGGACCCCGCCCGCUCCCGGCCCGGCCGCCGCGGAGACCGAGCGAGCGAGCGGCCCCGGCCCGCUGCCCCCGCCCCUCGCGCCUCCAUCUUGGAUCGGCGCCUCAGCGCCCUCCCUCCCGCGCGCCCCGCUCACCUCGGGCCGCGCCGCAGCCGGGCCGGGCGGCACCCCAGGAGCUCUGCGGAGCCGCUGGCGCGCGGGGUCCGGGCGGGUGCGGGCCGGGGCCGGGGCGGCGGCGCUGGCGGGGGCCGCGCUCACCGGAGCCGCAAUCCUAAACCGCCAUCUGGCGGCAUGUCCGACCCGCCAAUGGCGCAGCCGCCGCCGCGCGCCGGACCCCCAGCGCCCCCUGGCGCCCACCCGCCGCCGCGCUGA